CCGUAGCUGCAUUUUGACAUUUAUCGCUGCAUUCUGCAUUUUCUUGUGUUUGCUGAAGAAAAAAAUAAAGCAAUUCGAGUAAAGUAAUUUGAGUACAAAUUAAAAAUGUACAAACCUCAACCGCUGCACAAUGAGGAUGACGAUGUGGAAAAUGCCUUGCAUAACAACAACAACAAUAACAAUGUCAACAACAAUAACAGUGGCAGCAAUAGCAAUAACAACAACAAUGUGCAUGCUCUACAAAUGUGCCUUUUAACUGCAUUCCUGCUAAUCUUUUUAGCCGGCUCCGCAUUCCAAACGAAGCCGUUAAUGUUGAAAUCCCAACAUCAUCAACGUGAUCAAAAAACUUACGAUUGUAAUUUAACUUUGGUCGAGUCAAUUCCAAUUGGAUUGAACUUUACACCCGGCAGUCCGAAAUUUAUGAGCACUUUUGAGGCGUGGCAGCAUUUAUUGAAUAUCUCCAAAUCCACACUGGACAUUGGUUCCUACUACUGGACACUAAGGGGCGAGGAUACGGGGUUUAAUCACAGCAGUGCACAGCCGGGAGAGCAGAUCUUCCAGCGUCUGUUGGCCAAUGGAAUUGGAGAUGGCACGAAGAUCAAGAUACGCAUUGCACAAAGUGAACCGUCGAGUGUCUCCACCGAUUUGGAGACAAAAAUCCUUGCCAGCUAUGGCGCCGCUGAGGUGGUAACUCUGGACUUUCCCAAAUAUCUGGGGGGCGGAAUUCUUCAUACAAAACUCUGGAUUGUGGAUGAACAGCAUUUCUAUUUGGGCAGCGCCAAUAUGGAUUGGCGGGCCUUGACCCAAGUAAAGGAGCUGGGCGUCUUGGGUCAGAACUGUCCGCAGUUGGCCAACGACUUGGCCAAGAUCUUCAAGGCAUAUUGGUAUCUGGGCAGCAAUCCCAAUGCACGCAUUCCCACAUCCUGGCCCUGGCAAUACAGCACAGAUUACAAUCAGGAGCAGCCCAUGAUGUUGAAUGUGAACAGGAAUCCGGCAGAGAAUUUUACCAUGCAAGCUUAUGCAGCCAGUUCACCGCCUCCACUCUCUGCCAAUGGACGGACCCAUGAUCUGGAUGCCAUAUUAAACACCAUAAAUACAGCACUGAAAUUCGUGCACAUUUCUGUAAUGGAUUAUCAUCCGCUGAUUCUCUUUGGAUCAACUGUACAAUUCUGGCCAGAGAUUGAUAAUGCUCUUCGGAAAGCGGCCGUGGAGCGUAGCGUCUCCGUCAAGUUGCUCAUUUCCUGGUGGAAGCAUUCCGAUCCCAGCAUAGACAAUUUUCUGCGCUCCCUGCAGGAUUUGUCCACGACAAUGCGCCAUAUCGAUAUACAGAUUCGUCGUUUCAUUGUGCCCGCUGAUGAGGAUCAACAGAAGAUUCCCUUUGGACGUGUCAACCACAACAAGUACAUGGUGACGGAUAGGGUUGCCUAUAUAGGAACCUCCAAUUGGUCGGGAGAUUACUUCACAGAUACCGCUGGAAUUGGCCUCGUUCUAAAGGACACAAAUCCUAAUAUAUCUUCGCUGCGUAACGAUCUUCAAAACAUCUUUAAUCGUGAUUGGAACAGUGCAUUUGCCCAAGAGAUGUCCUAAUUAAUUGAUGACUGAUUGAAAGCUUUAAAUAUCAAAGAUAAUGUGAAUUGUAGUUCCUUUGCUUAACUAAAUAAAUAAUACAGUAUUUUUUUUUCUUUUAUCAUUUGUAUUCACAGUUUAAUAAAGUUCUAUGCUCUUUUGUUAUUUUUGUAUAUAA